GAGUCUUCUUCGCUCCAGCUGUGUCGCCAGUAACGGCUUGCCACAGUGAUUUGAGCUGAGAGAUGAAGGGAAUGGUACUCAUUGUGAAGUACAAAGGAGGCGCAGUUGUUGUAUACUCGUCCUAUGCCUUGCUUACUGCAGGUUUUAUACGAACUCCGGCAUCUUCAGAGAGCAUUCCAAGCCGACAGGGACAAUGACUGAGUACAAGCUAUAUAGAAGAUAUAGUGGCAGAUGACCUUCGAACAGUCUCACUAGAAGCUAGCGGCGAUCAUACCAUCAGGACUUCAGCUUGGAAGCACUUGAAAGAAGACAUUCUUGCUGUCAGGGAAAUCAAAGAUGACCUUUGUUGGGCAGACCUAUUCCAUAAGAAAGUCCAGACGUGGAUUAACGGGUCGCAUACGUUACAUCGGGCACCUACUAUAGCUUUGAGGGUGGGUUCUUUGUACGUCAAUAGCCCACCUUACGAGCAAGGUUCUCCGCCGCCGACCCUCCUCCGCAGCUCGUCGGGACCCUCCUUCCGACCCAUUCGGCCGACAGAAGUAUCACCUUAUCAUACCUCCUCAAAAUCGACUUUCAGUCAGGUCCGCCAUAUCGCCACGACCGUCAUAUGGAAGACGACGAUUUGCGCUCGAUAUGGACAAUGUGUAACUGCCAGUGAACAACCAAGCGAAGAGACAUAAUCCAGUCAGGAAGCAGAGAAGAACUGAGCAUGUCGAAGAGAAUCGAGAGGGAAACACUAAUGGCAUGUCCAAGUUGGAGCUACACGGGAGCAGCAUGGCGACGAAGUCAAGGUUAAGGCCGAAGAAAAGUGAAGCUCGAAGCGAGGCUAACAAAGGCCGUUGAAGUUGACGAGACGCAGUCAAGGACGUCUUGGUCAAGAAGACGGCGACUGGUGCACAAGUCCUUCAGAACCUGGUUUCCCGCCUGCAGGAACUGUGACGCUUUGGAGGUGGACCACAAGAAUGCCUGGUUAGUUGAGCACGUGAUAAAGAGAGACAUGUGGUGUUAUAAUGGACGAAACAUGGCCUAUGACGCAUUGCUGCAAUACCACCAUGUCCGCCCCUCCAGCAGACCCUGUUACUACUCUCGAGAAUGCAAAUGGGACGACAGAAACGAGUUCAACAACACUUCCUCAUGCCAAACUUUCAGCCAUUCAUCGGUUCAAAUCUCUAACAACUAGUGGGUUCGGGUCUUCCGACGCUUCCCCAGGCUUUCCUCCUGCAUCAUGGUCGCUCUCUCAAUCCCCAGAUAGCGGCUCAGGCGCGAGUAACUGGUCUAGUGAGGUGGAGAAGUGGAAACUAGACCUUGAGCGAUGGAAGGAGCAGAUGAAGAAUGGUUUAUCUGGUUUCACGAUACCUACGGCAAAACAGCCUUCGGUUGCAAACGAUAUUGAAGAAGAAGCCAGCACGACAGACUCAAAAGGAAAAGGAAAGGCUAAUGUCCCACCUUCUCCCGAUGGUUCUGGCGAUGUCGGCACAAAGGAUGCACCUGAGCCGUCGACGUUGGCCAUGAGAAUCAAAGCCUUGAUCGAUGAAAAUUUUACUUUCGCUUCAACCUCGAAAAGUUCAAGCACUGGUAGCCACAGUGAACCCUCCACUCCUGGACCUAGUAACUCUACUACCUCUGAAGUCAAGGGCACAUUGACCCCAAAACCAGAAGGGAGCGCGGACAGUAAUCGCUCCAUGUUCGGUAUCGCAGACUCAAAACUCGCAAGGCUGCUGUCAUCGGAAUCAAUGAUGAAUGGAGGGAUCGAGAAUGGAAAGGAGAGUGUCUGGGCCAUCCUGGACCGGAUGAGGUACAGGAAGAACUCAAAAGGGAAGGAAAGGGAUGACGAUCCACCCGAUGGGGUUCAAGAGGACGGAAUCAUGUUCUACACCCCUCUCCAGCCAACCACCGAACUAUCUCCGGAAAUAGCAGAAUCUGUUCUAGAGGACGAUGACAGCACUUCAUACUAUUCCGCUGUUUCGCCUCCAACGUCGCCACCCGACAAAGCUUCAGAGCUCAAUAAUCCACCGAGCGAACGGAGCACACCACAAUCCAAAACCAAGCGCGUAUUUCAACCUUCCGCAACUACACUUUCUGUUCAAUGUACUUGGUGGGGAUAUCGUCUCUUCAUACCUCCUCCAGUUAUGGCACAAUUGUCCAACACCCAUAUCGCCGCCGCUAAACGUGGCGCUAUGAUCACCGCGGCUCUCAAAUGGCUCGUAGAUAAGGCCCCGCUCAUGAUGAUUCCACCACAACUCCGUCCAGCCAUGUUGUUGUUAAAGGGUUUUUCGCCGUAUCUCGGGUAUAUUGGCGCAUUCGUCGCUUGGUCCUGGGGUAGGGUUGAGUCCAAGGAUACUGGUAAUGGAGUAGUAUUGACUGCUACAUGGCUCCUUCCCAUUGCAAUUUUGCCUGCGUCGUGGGAUUUCAACGUCCACGGAGUACCGGUUCAAUCCACUGCGGAUAACGUGUCAGGGGGCGAAGCCACGUCCACUAAGGAAUCGGGUGGUGGUAUCUCGACUGCCAACAGGGCUGCCUUUACUUCACCUGCCACUGUUAGAGACGCGAAAGCAAACCCACCCUCCCAAACGACGAAUAAUAGUGACAGUCCUACUAGACCGUUGAACACGUCGAACAAGGACAGUAAGGCAAGUGCCCCAGCGAGGGACAAUAUCGCUCGUCCCGUUGCAAUCAAGAGGGCAGAAUCUUCCAUCAACCGGACGGCUCCAAGCUCAUCCUUGGCGAGCGCAGGAGGGGAGACCAAGGAUAUGUCUUCAUUCCGAAAGGCGGUCAGUCGAAAAGAUACCGCUUCGAGUGACGCCAAGCCGACUUCUACAAGCGCUGUCCAACAAUCGCGUAUGGAAGGUUCUACCCGUUCAUCAUCCUUCGCAAGAUCGGUCCUACGUAGAGCCACAACGUCGGGCGAUGCCAGGCCAGGAAUUACUGCAAUUUCAACCAAUGGGAAGGGAAGGACAUCGAACACUUCUAUUCCUUCGCCGAGGUCCUUGAGCAGAAGAGCCACUACUUCUGCUGAUGAACCUUCUAACGAUGACAAGGUGAAAAACGAAAGGAAGGAUUGAGCUGAUUGGUAUCUAUUGAGUUUAGUUGAUGCAGAAUCUUGAAUCAUGUUCUUGUACUUUGGCUCGAAUCAAUGUAACUUUAUAAAAGCCAAUGGGUUAUCAUUUCUUAUGAUUAUGGUUUCAACAAAGUCAACAUUGAUUGAAGGCCGCAAUAGAUAGAUGAUAAGAAGCAACAUUCGUUGAAAUACACUGUCAAAAACAAGAAAACGAUACUAGCAGUAGAGAACACGAGCGACUAUCGGCCAAUGUCCAAUCCACUCCCCUGUGUUGGCCACUGAGGUCUAUUGGUAAUGGGAGGAGCUGGUGAAGGUUGAUUCCAUAGACUCAAGCCUGUUGAUGGGGGUGGUGGGUGAACGCCUCCAAUGCCGGUAACACCUCCACGAGUUGGAGGAGCCCCCAUCCAGCCGCCUCGUUGAGGAGGAAUACUCGACCCUAACCGUCUACCUUGUGCGCCUGCUCCCAUCCGCAUGCCUGGAAGGUCGACCGCCCGUUGUAACGGUGCCCCACCAGAUACAGCAGGUAAUUGUUGAGGACCUCCACCUCCUCCGCCGACAAGAACAGAGCUGUAAGUCGGUUGUUGUUGCUGAUUGGAUACAGGUCCCCUAACAAUUCCGUCCCAAUACGAGCCCAUAUUACCAGGUUGUUGUGGUCCUCCUAAACCCUUUUCCACCCAAUGAUCCCCACUUCCAUAACUCUGUUCACUUCCUCUUCUCCGGUGUUUGUCCAAAGACAAUAUUGGAUGCCGUUCACACUCCAUACGUCUAAACUCGGCUGCCAUAUCAAUACCCGCAGACGAUAUUGCCUCUGGGUCGAUGCCUAACGCCUUUCGCAGCUCAUUAUUCUCCUCCUCCAGCCUGGCUAUCUCAUGUUCCCGGUCCACUUGCCAAUCAGACGAGAGUCCAGUUUCGGAAUACUCGUCGUCGUCACUAGUCAAUCGCCUCUCGAGCGAUUCAAUGAGAAAAACCAGUUCUCCUGGAUCCAAGUAUCCUGAGUUAUCCGAAUCCGGCGGGUCAAGGUUUUCCUCGCCGGACGUUGAACGAAUGAAGUUUCGGAGGUAGAGUAAAAGUCUGUGAAGGGAUUUGGGCAUGUUGAUGGCGGAUGUAAAGUCGGAUGAGAGGUCUUGUGUAUCGCGAGCCAGGAGAAGGGUUUCGUAGUGUCGUGUGAGUGUCAGUUCGUGUUG